UGCACUUGUAAUGACCAAAUGAUGAUGGUUUUUAUUGUUUAUGUUCUUUUAAUCUUCUUCACUCGACGUGCUUUCUUCCUCUUCAUUUGUAGCACUCAUUUCUUCCACAACUCCGUCCCACUCAACAUUAGCUACCCAAUCACUAAACACAAUCGGCUUCGAUUUCCGUGUUGUUUUCUUCAAGAUCAUUUUCGCCUUAUCGGUCGUUGUUCUGCUAUAGUUACUUUGCAUCUCUGUCAAUUCAGUGAUCAUUUUCUACAAGAUAAAAAGUAUAUUAUUCCUUAGCUCUCGAAUGUAAAUUUCUCCGCCCCUUCUAUCUUUCCUUUUUAUUUAGCAUCUUACCAUAACCAAAUCCAAACUACGGAGAAGUUUUAGUAGUAUGGUACCAUCUCUCAAAUCGGCGUAUGUGCGAGGAUAUCGGAAAUCACAUACUUCUUGUAACGUAUA